CUGAGGUGACCGACGUCAGCGCUAGCAGCUGGAUCCUCUGCGGGGAGAGACAACAGUGUGGAUCCGGGGACGGGACGAGAUUCCAGCUGAUGAGCUGCCCGCCAGACGCGGCACGAUGUGAAGCCUCGAGGGUCCGUGUAGCAGAGUCGAAGGUCGGUGGACAGGCAGAGGGUCGGAACCGGGAGGUCAGAGAGCCGAUGAAGUACAAAAGGAUAAUCCAGAUCGUAGUCAGGUCACAGUUCAGGGUUCGGUACACGGUCGGGCAAGGAUCAGGCAAAAACUCAGGUUGGUCGGGAGUCUAAAGACAGGUCGGGUACACGGAUCAGGUGGGGCUAGGCUAGCUCGGAAGUCGGAGGACAGAACAGGUCACGAUCGGGUAAUCAGGAAACAGAACGCUGGAAUAAGUCGAUCAAAAGGCUGACGAAAUAAACUGGCACUGUUGUCUGGUCUUAGAGCUGGUUAUAUACUAGUGGAAACAGGUGGAACAAAUCUGUGGUAAUGGGAAAUAGGCGGAGCUAAGCAGGUGAAUAAUAGAGAAUUAAGUCCAGACAACAGUGCCGAAAUCAUGACAACAAAGUGUAAGAUGGUGGACAUAGAAUAGAAGAAGCUGGAGGAGUAGAUGCUUUACUAUCAUUUAAAGCAUCAGAUUUGAAUGUUUGAAUCUUGGUUUAUUAUCUGUACAAACCAUCUUUGGGUUUCUAAGUUCCUGUUAACUUCCUCCUAAUGUAGAACGAAGUAUUUUCUACAUUAAUAUCUGUUCUUCCCCUGCACUUAUGCAUACAUUCAGCGUUCUGGCUGUUUUAAAGAGUUAUAUAAAUUAAUACAUGCACCACAUCCUGAACAUGGCGGGUCUCUACACUUUCUGGCUCCUGCUGAGCUGGGCUGGGCUGAUCCAUUUAAUCAACACAGCUGAAUCAGCUCCAAAAUGUUCUUACAGCGUUGAAGAGAUCCGGGUUGGUUUCCUGAUUCAGAUGAUAGAUUUUACUGCUGGUAAAUACGCCAUAAAUGCUACUGAGAAGGAAGGUCCAUUUGAAUGGAAAGACACAGUUUCUUUUUCCAAUGACGACUCAACUCAUCAAAUAAAUUUUCUGAAGCCGUGCACUGAAUAUGAACUAAAUGUUGCACUUAUUAGCAGCAAUGGUAGAGAAAUACUCUGUACCAAAACUGGUGAUAAAACUACAACUGGAAUAAAUUUCAUUGAUCCAAAUGACAUAAACCAAACUAACCCCAUUAAACUUCCUCCAAACAUUAAAGCAACGUUUCCUCCUAGCUGUAAAAAUCUCAGCGUUGAGUACAAAUGUUCAGGAGAGGACAACACCUUCGUUGAACCAUCUGACAUGAAGCCGUUCACAGACUACAGCUGUACUGGUCUCAUCAAGAACAACAAUGUCUUCAUUAACAAGAAAACUCCACCUGUCCACUUCAACAUUGACUGUGAUUUUAUAAUAGGCAACCUGCGGUAUAAUUUCACCGAUACUUCCCUUCACCUGAACUGGGAAACAAUAAGUGAAGAAUGUCAAGAUGUUCUCCAUAACCUGGAGAAACUCUCUUAUAGAUGCAGCUGUCAGGAUGUCAAGACAACUGAAGUCAAGGAGAGCAAAGAAUCUGUUGGACGGACGUGUGACUUCAGAGGACUUAAACCAUACACGUAUUACAGAUGUCAAGUUCGUCCCAUCUAUGAUGAUCGAGAUUUCACACGCGAAUAUGUUACAAUCAACAUGAAACGUGGGAUGGACCUUCAUGGGCGGAGGCAAACGGAGGCGAACCGCCACAGGAUUCACCACUUUGGUGAUGGUGAAAGGCCCGAUAUACCGGGGUGCCAGCUUUUUACUGUCGACCUUCAGGGGAAGGUCUCUGGUGGGCAGCCAAACCCUGUCACCAACCUGGUACUGUGGGGCAGGUCUCCGCCGACGGUUGGCUGCACGGGCCUGAUUACUGGAGGCAGCGAGAAUGGCCUUCUUGGCCUUCCUCCAGGCGCGAUGGCACCUUAUGGCCGAGAGACGGGCAGACGGGACCCUGGACUUCACCUCUUCAGUGGCGAACACUGGCGGCUGGAAACCAUAAACAACGUAGAAUGGGGAAAGACCAGUGGAGGAGGAGGGUGUGGCAUUAAUGGUGUGCUCCACCCAGGGUAA